AUGCUUUCUUCAGUACUGUCGCUCUCUUUGUUUGGAGGAACAUUCGCUGCCCGCCUAUUCCUCAAUGAGCCUGACACUGGCUUCGAUGAAUACUUUAAUCUUGCAGAUGGGGAGCUAGCAUCUUUAGAUGACUUGGUAGGGCUUCCGGAUUUUGACGCAGCCGCGCGGCGAUAUAUGCCAAUACGGAAUUAUACUUACUACCGUAAUGGCGCGGCGGGUGAAUGGUCGUACCGCAAUAACCUCGAGGUCUUCAACCGGUAUCCGAUUAAGCCACGGACGAUGAUAGAUAUCACAAAUAUUGACGCAUCGUUACCAACCACAAUCUUAGGUCAUAACUUCUCAGUGCCUUUCUUUAUUGCCCCCUGUGCUCGAGCUGGAUUUGGAAACAUUGAAGGCGAGAAAGGUCUAGUCGAGGCUGCAGCCGCUGAGAAUAUACUGUAUAUACCUUCGCUAUAUGCCACACUAUCGACCGCAGAAAUCGCCGCCCUCAAAAAAGAGGAUCAGGUGACCUUUCAGCAGUUCUACUUGGACUCGGACAACACAGCUACCCAGGGAGUUUUUGACGAUGCUAAAGCGAACGGACAUCAGGCUAUCGUCUUCACCAUUGACUCGCCUGCUGACGGCAACCGUCAGCGUGCUGUUCGCUACGGUGUAGGCCCGGAUGACACGACCUACACUUUGAUUACCUGGGAUCUUUACGACAACUUCCGCACCAUGACUGACCUCCCCAUCAUCUUAAAGGGUAUACAAACCGUCGAAGACGCGCGGAUUGCUGUCGAGCGUGGCGUCCCUGCCAUCUACCUCUCGAAUCACGGAGGGCGGCAGAUCGAUGGCGUGCGCUCCCCGCUCGAGGUCGCCAUCGAGAUCCACCAGCAAGCACCUGAAAUCUUCAGCCAAAUCGAGGUGUACGCAGACGGCGGCGUCCGGUAUGGUGCCGACAUCAUCAAGCUGCUUGCGCUCGGAGUCAAGGCCGUCGGCGUCGGCCGACCGUUCAUGUAUGCGAAUGUCUGGGGCACCGAGGGUGUCACCAGGGCUAUCCAGAUAUUAAAGCGUGAGCUCAAGGUCGAUGCUGCGAAUGCGGGCGUGGCGGAUUUAAAAAAUAUUGACCCAAGCUUUGUUAUUUGGGCACCCAAUAGCUAUGAUGCAUGACUUGUUAACCUAAGCUUAUAGGAAUUUUCUUGUAUAUAUUUUCAAAGACUUGAUAGUUUGAAAACUAGGUCG